AUGCUUAACAGUGGUGGCGUUGAAAGGCGUCGUCUUCAAUGUACAGCCUCCGUUGCAUGCUCGCAAUCCGUCCGUUCUGCCGCAGGCGGCACUGAAAAGAGUUGUGCCGCACCACGCAGGAAAUUUGACGGAUCUGGUGCGGAAUUUCAGCGUGCAAUUGAGGACGUGACACGUGAUGUGGUGGAUUUUAACUCGCUCUCCAUGGAAGACAUAUCACUUAUGCGCUUACGAGGAUGCCGCGCCAUGGCAUCGAGAGGGUCAUCGCUCUUUCAGCAAGAAAUGCAAAAGCAGCAUUCAGGUAAGGGCCCUUUCCCAAUGACAAACCACAUGUCAAUGUCAUCACUCCACUCCACGCCUUUUGUGCCUGCGGAGAAUUUGACGGCGUUAUUCCACAACGUUCAAGACGCCGAUUCUUAUCCUCACCAAGGCACGGAGGGUGAAGUGAAGGAGUCUGCAUUGGGGGCUCAGCUUACGCCUGGCCGAGUCGAUGAUGGUGAGGAAAAUGACGAUGAUUUUCUUAGCGGGAUCCACGCUGCUGCGGACACAGAAGCACCCGAGGUAGGGCCUCGCGCCUUUCAAAGAAUCGUUUCUCAGCGUUUAUUCUCGUUCCAGUUGGAAAACUCUGAGAGUUUUGAGGUGAAUGUUUCCUCCAUACAGGGGAAACGCACCUUUCCGCCCUCAGCAUCGCCGCGUCAGAGCAGAAGUUCUUCCCACAUAAACCUUACGCCAGGAAGUCAGCUAUUCUCAACGUGGAAGUUUCCCGUUCUUGGGAAGGUGGAGGGGGGUCCAUCUUCCGUUUUUUGGCAUGGUGAACAGAAGGGCAUUGAAGAGGAAGAGAGGGUGUCAGCUGAGAACGAUGGGGGGAGGGAAGAACAAGAAGAAAAGGAGGGAUUAUGGACAAGCGCCAAGCAAAAUGACACGGCCGUUCCAACUGCCAUCAGUGAGAAUGCAAAUGGUGGUGGUGGUGGUGGUGGUGACGAGUUGGUUGGAAAAGGAGGAAAAAAGAAAUUUCAUGAUGAGGAUAAAAUGAACGCUAGAAGUCUUUAUUUUUCAGAAGAGGAACAGGAGCGUCGGUACAUGAAACUUCUACGGUUCGUUUAUGCCCUUUACGAGUCCAUGAAAACAAAAACAACAACAGGAAUAGCAGCGAACGCCGCCGAUGACGUUAGCGUGGCUUCGUUACGAGAUCCUUUUCAAAGUGCUGUUCGUCUUCUACAUCCACGAGUGGGGAUGCUUUGUCCAUCCCUCUCCUCUACAAUGAUAGGAGCACCGUCCGGGUAUUAUAGUUUGGGAGCUCGCCCGAGUAUGCAGCACGGAAAUAAGCAAUUUGUUCCAGUUUUGCCGCCUCCGCUUGACAGUUUUUCCAUUCAUCACAAUGAUACACAACUGCAUGGUUUUGCAUUUGAAAUGGAUCCUCACAUCGUGUCUCUUAUUGAGCAGCGUCCACUAUUACAAACAACCUUGUUUGUGGAGUUUGCAUACCGUAAAUGCCAUCAACGGAUGAGAGGGCAGGAACAGUUACGUGGGAGAAGUGAGAGUUUUUUGGGAAGCGGCCCAACUUGUGUUCCAUCUAACUCUGGAAAACUUGCACGUGAAGAGGAGAAUCUUGAAACAGAAUCGAAAGAAGUUACCCAUUUGACGCCAAAUGCGGACGAAACUGAUCUCCCGGUGAAACCGGUUGCCGCCGAUGCUUUGUUGCACGGUGUUUCCGGAGUUGGGGCAGCAGGUGCGAGUAUACCACAGGCAGCUGGGGCUUCGGUGUCUUUGAUGGUAAUGGAUGAACCACCCAUCGCCGUGCAUCGCCGGCCGCUCACGCAGGUGCGUGCAUGGAAAAGAAAGGUUCAUCCCAUCGAUGAGACGAGUCGUAUUGUGGAUAACGAGGAGGAUAAUCUUGUUGUGUAUGUGGGAAUGAUUCUAAUGGGGUGGCUGGAGGUGGUGGAUAUUUUGGGUGCGGGCACGUUUGGCCAGGUCUUUCUAUGCAAAGACUUGCGUAUAGCGGAUGGACACUUUCUGCACCCAGGCGAGAUUGAGGGAGAAGAUUUUCAAUACUGGCAGUGCUCGCAUGAGUAUAUUCCUUUUGGUGAUCCAUCCAUGGUGCCGACUCACCCGCCUCUUGUAGCCGUCAAGGUUGCAAAAAGCCGAGCGUUGUUUGAGCAACAGUCCAUCCUGGAGGCGGAGAUGCUUGUGUACAUUGGUGCACAGACCGCGCCCCAGCAAGCCCGAGAUUUUGGGGUGUUGGAAGGGCCUAUAGCGACGACAUCCGCGACGGAGCCUCCGGAGUCAGACCCACGUUGCAAGUAUGUAGCAAAAGUCUUUGCACACGGGAUGUGUUAUGGUCAUCAUUGCAUAGUUAUGGAACGUUGUGGUGCGAAUCUUUUUGAAUUUUUAAAGAGUCAUGAUUUUAGGGGAUUUCCCAUGUAUCAAAUUCAGGCAGUUGGACGCAAAAUAUUAUUGGCGUUAAUGCUUCUUCACGAGCAGUGUCACGUGGUGCAUGGUGAUAUCAAACCUGAAAAUGUACUGUUAACACUUGAUUCCUGCUUUUCAGCCGCCACCGUUCAUGGGGCAGGCGCCAUGAAUACUGGGAGUGGCCAUGGUGAUCACAUUUCCACUGCGGAUGGCAAGCCUUCUUGUGUUUUUAAAGCUCCACUUGAGGCGUCUAGAGUUCUGCUGGGAGGAUCAGCAAAGAUAAAUUUGAAGAAUAGCCUGUUGGAUGCUCCGGCAUCCAAAAACACGGAGUUGGCAUUGCCUGCGCCGUCUCCUUUUCGUAUUCAUAAUGUUGUCUCCGUGGAGAGGGCUCAGAACACAUCUGUUGGCAGGGAAUCUACAGUAGAAAGCAAACAAGAUGUUGAGGGUGCAGCUACAGAAACACAAAAAAUUAUUCUGUCAUCUUUAAAAAUUAAGAUUAUUGAUUUUAGCAGCAGCUUUUACGUGGGAGCCGGCAUCUACACGUAUGUGCAGUCUCGUUACUACCGCGCUCCAGAGGUAAUUCUUGGUGCCAGGUAUGGUCCCCCAAUCGACAUAUGGUCCACGGGAUGCCUCCUCGCAGAGUUGCUGCUUGGCCUCCCACUCCUGCCUGGUAGCUCUGAUUUUCACCAGCUUUACCUCAUGGAGGAGAUGCUGGGGCCACUUCCCCCUGAAAUUCUUCUGAAGGGAAUGCAAACAGCCAAUUACUACAAUGUUGAGUAUACCGAACCUGAAACUGGAAGCCCCAUGGGCGGUGGCACCUUGCCAACCGACGGCAACGGAGAACGCACCCCGUCUUUUAGUCUUUUCCGGGAAGAGGAGUAUCGUGCUCGUCAUGAAAACGUUCCAGCCGUAGAGUGGCGGUGUUAUUUUCAGUACCGCACACUUGCGGAAUUGCUACGGAACUGCACGCUCAGUGUGGAGGAAAAGCAAAUUGCUCUGGGGCGGUGUCCUACGCUUGCCGGUGGCGAUACACCUGAGGAUAUGGCAGCAGCUGGAAAACAGAGGCCGAUAAAAGCCAUUGUUGACGAGAUGAUGCAGCAAAGGUUUUUGUUAUAUGAUCUUCUUAAAAAAAUGCUUCAUGGCGAUUCAUCCAGGAGGCUGACAGCUCGCGAAGCGCUGGUUCACCCCUUCUUUGUGCACACACCAAAUUACAUGCAACCAUAUCAUUUUGUGACGGAGUAA